AUGUUAAAAACAAGAAAACAGACAACUUCGUCUCUCGAUACAUAGCUCAUUAAGAAAAAAAAACACAAAACUAAGAUGGCUCAGAAUGGUUCGAACAGUACUGUGAAGCUGCUUGGAACAUGGUCAAGCCCAUUCGCCUUGAGGGGUCGAGUCGCUUUACACCUCAAGUCCGUUGAGUACGAGUACAUAGAAGAAGCCGAUGUUCUGAACUCGAAGAGCGAUCUUCUUCUCAAAUCCAACCCAAUCCACAAGAAAGUCCCUGUCCUUAUCCAUGGUGACGUCUCAAUCUGCGAGUCUCUCAACAUUGUUCAGUACGUCGAUGAAUCAUGGCCCUCCAAGCGUUCCAUCCUCCCUUCUGAUCCUAAAGAUCGUGCCGCUGCUCGUUUUUGGGCUCACUUCGUUGACGGAAAUUGCUUUGAAUCGAUUGAUGCGGCGGCUGGAGCGAAAGAUGAAGCCGGGAGGAUGAUGGCAGCGGGAAGUUUGAUAGAAUGUCUAGCGGCGUUGGAGGAGGGUUUUCAGAAGAGCAACAAAGGCGGAGACUUCUUCGGAGGCCAAAACAUUGGGUACAUCGACAUUGCAUGUGGCGCCAUAUUGGGUCCACUAUCUGUCAUCGAGGCGUUUUCCGGUAUGAAGUUUUUGAGUCCAGAGACAACACCGGGCCUGGUCCAGUGGGCUGAGAUAUUCAGAGCACAUGAAGCUGUGAAACCUUACAUGCCAACCGUUGCCGAGUUCAUCGGGUUCGCCAAACAGAAGUUCAAUGUCUAGUGAGAAGAUGUUCUGAAAAUGAAAAUCUUUUGUGUGCAUUUAUAUAUGCAGUGGAGGCGAAUGUGUGUUUCUGAUUUAUGUUCUCCGAGACUGUUUAAAAAAUAUGUUGUUUGUAAGUUACUAUUUUCGAGACAUGUAAUCCCCUAUAUAUUAAUUGAGAAACAUUUGAAAAGAUGUAA